AUGUGUUUUGGGGAUGCUGAUAAAAUUGCAACAAAAGAAACUGUAAAAUUGGUUGAAAAAAUCAUUGAUGUUAAAAAAGAAGAAUUUUUAAAAAAUCAAAAAAUUUUAUCUGAAUUUAUGAAUAAAGGAUAUGGAUUAAUAUUAAAAAAUGAUUUCAAAUGUUCAAGUAUGGUAAUGGGUAUCGGAAGUAGUGGUUGUGGAAAAUCAACAACUCUCAAUUUGAUGCAUGGAAAUAACUUUGUAACUGGAAAGGAUUGUGGUGAUGUUACUAUGCAACUUUCAAUACCAACUCCUUCUGUAAAAUAUCCAAAUACUAAAGUAAUUGAUUGUGUUGGCUUUACUCCAAGUCUUUCAAGUUUUUGCAAAUUAAUUUUAAUUUAUUUCCAACGUGGAUUUUUUCCAGAUUAUUUUCUAUAUCCAUCAUCAAAUGAUAGAACUGAACAAAUUGUCACACUCUAUAGAAUGAUUAGAAUGGAUUAUGUCAAAAUAAUGGUUGUCCCAUUCUCUGCAAAAAACUAUCAUUCAAAUAUUGAAUUAAUAAAAGAAAUUGACCCAACAAUGUCAGAAUCAGAGGUAGAUACAAAGUCAUUAAAAAAAGCUUUUAAUAGUGAUAUGGUAUCACAUAUUAUUGAAAAAUUGGCUGAAAUUAAAUUAAAAAAUGAUGAAACCCUUAAAGGAAAGGUUAUAGUUGUUGAAUCUCUUGAUAAAGUUCCAGAAGUAAUUGGUUCAAUGAAAACAAUGUUUUUAAAUGAAUUCUUUAUUGGUGGUAAAUUUAUAGAUUCAAUAACCUAUGAACAAUUUUGUGAAAAUUCUUCAGAUGAUGAUCCUCAAUCAACAAAAAUAUUUUUGUAUGGCCUUUUAGUUGAUGCUAUGAAAACUUUAUCAUCAUUUGCCAAGUAUGAUAAUAAUGGCGUAUUGAUAGGAAUCGAAGAACAAAAAUUCUUAAAAGACAAUUAA